AUGGAUGGUUUGCACAGUACCGUCAAAGAAGAAUCACGCAGCAUCUCUCCCCAGUGUCCUAAGCCGAAUGAGUCGGAGGAGCCUGAGGGCACUGCUAUGGAACUGGGUCCCGUUGUCACCAAAGGUGAAAAUAUGGAGGUGGUCAUUACAAAAGAAAUGGAAGAAGAAGAGAAGCAGCUGAUGGAAGAAGGGGAGAGAAAGGAAAAAGAAAUGAUGGAAAAGGCCAGACAGUCAUGGGAGAAAGACACUCAAGAAAUGAGGUUCAAAAGGCUGCAGCAUCUGUUGGAGAAAAGUAACAUUUACGCAAAAUUCCUGCUCACCAAAAUGGAACAGCAGCAGCAGGAGGAAAAACAGAGGAAGGAGAGGAUGGAGAAGAAGGCCGCUGUCAGUAAAGAAAAGGGUAACAAUAAAAAGCCAGAGAAAGCUGAGAGAAAGAAGAGGGAAAGAGAGGAAGACUAUAAAAUUGCUGACGUCAUGACUAAAGAGGAAAUCCUGUCUAAGGCUAAAAGACCAAAAGUUGAAAACGAAGUGGAGGAGAGCAUUAACCAGAAGAAGCUGGAGGCUGAGGAUAUUGAGAAAAUGAGUGACUCUAACUCAGACAUUAAGGGCCGUCUGUCAGAAACCGUUAGGAACAACGCCAAACAGCUGCUGGAUCCUAAGAGAACGGUGAACGGGCAGCCGGUACCCGCUCAGCAGCCCAAACACUUCACCGGAGGUAUCAUGAGGUGGUACCAGGUGGAGGGCAUCGAGUGGCUUAGAAUGCUUUGGGAGAACGGCAUUAAUGGGAUCUUGGCUGAUGAGAUGGGCCUGGGAAAGACCAUUCAGUGCAUUGCACACAUUGCCAUGAUGAUUGAGAAGAAAGUUCUAGGACCCUUCCUGGUGGUGGGGCCACUGUCCACUCUGCCCAACUGGAUUUCGGAGUUUAAGCGCUUCACACCCGAGGUGUCUGUUAUGCUUUAUCAUGGACCGCAGAAAGAGAGAGCAAGCCUGCUGAAGAAGACCAAUAAAACCCAAGGUUCACUCAACAUGUACCCAGUGGUCGUCACUUCUUUCGAGAUAGCAAUGAUCGACCGAAAGCUGCUGCAGCGGUUCCAGUGGAAGUACAUGAUCUUGGACGAGGGGCACAGGAUAAAGAACCUGAACUGCCGUCUGGUGCGGGAGCUGAAGAUGCUGCCGACCGAUAAUAAACUCCUCCUGACGGGAACGCCGCUGCAGAACAACCUGUCAGAGCUGUGGUCCCUGCUCAACUUCCUCCUGCCCGAUGUGUUCGAUGACUUGAAGAGUUUUGAGUCUUGGUUUGACAUUAGCACCAUCACCUCUGAUGCAGAGAACAUCGUCGCUAAUGAGCGAGAGAAAAACAUCCUGCACAUGCUUCACCAGAUUCUUACUCCCUUCCUGCUGAGGAGGCUGAAGUCUGACGUGACGUUGGAGGUCCCGCCAAAGAAGGAGAUCGUGGUGUACGCUCCCCUCACCGCCAAGCAGCAGGCCUUUUACAAAGCUAUCGUCGACAAGACCAUCGCAAAGCUCGUGGGUCAGCAAGAGGAGGUGACCUGUACUGCGGAGCUCACGUCCACCGGCAGACCGAAGCGAAAGAGCAGGAAGGAGGUGGACUACAAGGAGAAACCAAACGAGACCGCCAGCGACCUGGAGAAAUACAUCGAAAAAGUUCGAAAGGAGAUGGAGCGUGAAGAGAGCGCUGUCCCGGUCGUAAACGUUCAGAUGACUCCAAACUCGGAGGUCAAUGUGAAGCUGCAGAAUGUUCUGAUGCUGCUGAAGAGGUGCUGUAAUCAUCCGUACCUCAUAGAGUAUCCGCUGGACCCCGCCACUGGAGACUACAAGAUCGAUGAGCAACUGGUAGAGGCAUCAGGGAAAUUCCUGAUUCUGGACAGAAUGCUCCCCCAGCUAAAGAAGAGAGGACACAAGGUGCUGAUUUUCAGUCAGAUGACAUCUAUCUUGGAUGUGCUGAUGGACUACUGCUACCUCAGGGGAUUUGAGUACAGCAGACUGGACGGAAGCAUGAGUUACGCCGACAGAGACGAGAACAUGAAGAAGUUUAAUUCCGAUCCAGAGGUCUUCCUCUUCCUCCUCAGCACACGAGCAGGAGGCCUGGGAAUCAACCUGACUGCUGCAGACACCGUCAUCAUCUUCGACAGUGACUGGAACCCUCAGUCCGAUUUGCAGGCACAGGACCGGUGCCAUCGUAUCGGUCAGACCAAACCAGUGGUGGUUUAUCGCCUCAUCACUGCCAACACCAUCGACGAGAAGAUUCUGGAAAGAGCCUCUGCCAAAAGGAAACUGGAGAAGAUGGUCAUUCAUAAAAAGAAGUUUAAAGGUGGGAAAGCAGAUCUGAAGGAAUCGAAAAGCUGUCUGGAUGUGGAAGAACUGACCGAACUGCUCAGGUCCAGAGACUAUGAGAGGGAGGUGAAGACCACUAAAGGAAAGGUGAUCAGUGACAAAGACCUGGAGAUUCUACUGGAUCGCAGUGAUCUAUUGAACCAAGCCAAGAAGAGAGUUCAAAAGGAGAAGGAUGGAGUGUUUAAGGUGGUAGAGUCGAAAGAAAACAACGGAGAGAUCAGUUUGUCAUGA